ACGUCAACACACACUACCACCAACACACCAGCAUUACCUGUAUACUGUAGUAGUGUUGGGGAUAACGUCAACACACACACCAUCAGCAUCACCUACAGUGUAUAUUAGUGUUGGUGACGAUAGUGUUGGGGAUAGAGCGUCACACCACCACCACAGCAUCACCACCACCAUGGACUAGUAUUGGUGGAGAGGUGCGUCAUCACCACCAUUAUCACCAACAUUCACCUUAUCCUGGGCGACCACAGUACUUACAUCGAGAGGUCAGUAGGCGGCACAGGUAAUGGUCUCUCGCUUGGUGACUGAGAGACAUCCGGAGCUGGUGACUGUCUCGCGCCUGCUGAGAGAGACAAAGAGAGAGUUACAUACUGGACAAGAGAGAGAGACACACACAACCUGACGGAGGAGAGGAGGAGAGAGCGUCGUCAAGGAUGUGGCGGAGGCGGUGGGCGGCGGUGAGCUGUGGCCUGGCGGUGGGCGGCUCCCUCAUCCUGACCACUCUCACCCUGAUAACCACCCUAAACCUGGGCCAAGGUGGGGCUGGCGGAGGAGACCCAGCAGGAGAGGAAUACACACUACCCUCGCUGGAGGAAGUGAUCGAGUCAGUACAGGACCUAGACAUUCAGCGAGUGUUGAGACUGUACAGCACUCAACAUAGCGAGGUUCCCGCGGCCACACCACCAGCACGAGUGAUAGUGUCGUCCACCUGGCGCAGCGGCUCCACCCUCCUGGCUGAGAUUAUCGCCGCCCACCCGGGAGCUUUUUACCAUUACGAGCCGCUCAUGACCUACGGCCUCAACCAACUAGAAGCUAACCACAAGGACAAGGAGGAGGUGGUGGGGGUGCUACAAGGGCUGCUACAGUGUGACUACCAACACGCAGACGACUACCUCAAGUUCGCCUUCAUCAACCACGAGAUGUUCAUGCGUAACUCUCGGCUCUGGUCUAUGUGUAGCAUCAUACCUCGGACCAAGUGUUACCACCCCGACACUCUGGCCCGCCUCUGUUCCCUCUUCCCUAUCCACGUGAUGAAGGUCGUGAGGGCGAGGCUGGAGCUGCUGCAACCACUGCUGAAGAGGUCCAACGUCCGGCUCGUGUGGCUGGUGAGGGACCCCCGGGCAGUGAUGAGUUCCAGGCUAAACAGUGUCUCCUGGUGCCAGACCCGAGCCUGCUACGAUCCUGGCUACUUGUGUUCUGACCUGACGGCAGAUUUCAGCAACUAUCUCUACCUGAAGGAGUUAUAUCCCAAACAGGUGAUGCUCCUCAGGUAUGAAGACCUCGCCCGUAACCCCUACGAUAAGAGCCGCGAGGUCCUCAAGUUCGCUGGACUCAGUUUCCACCGACGAGUUCAAGAUUACCUGGACGACCACUUAACUUCUGACGAGGACGAACCCUGGAGCACACGUCACGACCCCAAGACCCGCGUCGCUCGGUGGAUGAAGAUUAUGAAGUUUGACGACGUGGUGAGGACUCAGUACUUCUGCCAGACCGUCAUCAAGAACCUUGGAUACAGGCUCUUCACCUCCAAGUCCGACAUGGAAAACGGGAACGCCGUCGGUUUCCUCAACAUUCCGUGACCGUGACCCGUGACCGUAACCCUGUGGCGUGACGGUAAACAGUGACUUUUGUUACUUAUAAACCAACUUAAGUGGACAGAGUUGGGUACAAAACGACAAACAGUGAACGGGUCUAAACAUUAAGUCCUCAGUCAGUCACUCAGGAUUUGGUGAUAACAUUCAUAUACAUUAAUAACAUAUCUAAAGUAAUUAAUAAACAAUAAUAUAACUGAAAAUAAAUCCUUUGUGUGUAAGAAAAUAAGACAACGAGAAAGAAUAUAAUUAAAAGCUGCAUUAGGAAUAUAUAACUUAAAAAUUGUAUCAACCAAUGAGACGCCUGGGAUUACCAUUAAAAAAAAAAAACAAGUGACUAACGGAUCAAAAAUUACAAUAAUACGAAUGAAUAUUUUUUAUACAUAAUACAAAAUAAAAAUAAACAAAUAAAAAGUAUUCUAACAAACAACUUAACAAAGGUGAUUUUAAUUUGAACAAUGAACCAAAAAUUACAACAUGUGGGGUUGUGACCGUUUUGCUGGUGUGUAUAGGGUGUGUACAGAGUGUGUAAAGGGUAUGUAUAGGGUGUGUUUGCUUGUUACUAAGGGAUAGAGAGGUGAAGUAUAAACCUCUGACUGUGAAUUGGAUAUGUACAGUUGUAUCAGACUGGGUUAGGUGUAGUGAAGCUCCCUCAAUCUGACAGUCAGUUACUCAGUCAGUCACUCAGCCUGUUAAUUACCCAGCCACUCAAUUAUUCAACGUCAACUAAAAUCAGUGUUACCAGAGCAGUUACCAAUACAAAAAAAGUAUUACCAACUUAAAACAAUACAAAAAAAAGAUAAUGAAAAUAUCCCUAAUACAAUUAUACUACAAAGUUUAUAUAUAAAACCUGUACACUAUUAUCCUGCACAUGUAGGGUAGAUUUUGCACUUUAUAUACUGUUUUAAACAUUAUAAAAUACCUGUAUAUAUAUAUAGAACAUUUGUCUGUGAUAUAAUUAAUUUGUUUAUAUAAAAAAAGAAUGUCUAUAUUUUCAUGUUUACAGUAAUGAAAAUAUUUACUUGGAAAUAUUUUGAGAUUUUUUUUUUUAUGGAUUGGCUAUUAUAGAAAACGUAAUUUAAGGGUUAACUCCGGUAUUUCAGUGGUGAAGUGAGGUGAUUGUUUUGUGGUGUGUGUGAAGAGGUUAAACAAUUAGCGUAAUGACAACACUGAACACACACACACACACACACACACACACACACACACACACACACACACACAGGCGCCAAAAACAGCAUCAUGCCAUCACUGAACUUUUGACCUGACCUCUAUGUGAGAAUUGCGUAUAAUAUUCAGAAGAAAAAUGUAUUAUAAAAAGAUAAUUCUCCCCCCCCCACACACGCACACUGUCUAUGAAAUAAAGAUUCUUAUAACCCGAA